UCCGCUCGCGCGCGGACCGGACCGGCUGAUAGAGGCUGCGCAGACGCAGAUGGAGUUAUUUGGGUGCAGUUUCCAGCUUGCAGGCAUGGUGAGGAAGAGCGAGCACUCGGAUCUGCAGGUGCUUCACUGCACACGCCAGGUGACCAGUAACUCUUUGGCGUCUGGAUCAUCAGACAGGGAUGUGGCGCUUCCUGCUCCUUCCCGUCGUGCUGCCCAGAACUCGUCAGUAGUGACGGAGAGCAGUCAGCCGGUGGACAUUAAUGACGCAGGGGGAAGAAGGAAGAAGAAACGCAGGACACGGGCAGUAGACAGCUCCAUAGGAACAUUCAAAAAUCUGUACAGGCUCACUGACGAGGUGCUGGGGCAGGGGGCGUACGCUAAAGUUCAAGGAUGUGUGAGCCUGCAAAGCGGCAAGGAGUACGCUGUGAAGAUCAUUGAGAAGAUUGCUGGCCACAGUCGGAGCAGGGUGUUUAGAGAGGUGGAGACAUUAUAUCAGUGCCAAGGGAAUGAGAACAUUCUCGAGCUCAUUGAGUUUUUUGAGGAUGACGGCUGCUUUUAUUUGGUGUUUGAGAAGCUCUGUGGAGGCUCCAUUUUAACACACAUCCAAAGGAGGAAGCACUUUGAUGAACUGGAAGCCAGUCGCGUUGUGAGGGAUAUUGCUCAAGCGCUGCACUUCCUACACACUAAAGGAAUUGCUCACCGUGACCUGAAACCUGAAAAUAUCCUGUGUGAAUAUGUUGACAAGGUGUCUCCUGUGAAGAUCUGUGAUUUUGACCUGGGAAGUGGUGUGAAGUUGAACAGUGCCUGUACCCCCAUAACUACUCCUGAACUUACUACACCCUGUGGAUCAGCUGAGUACAUGGCUCCAGAGGUGGUGGAAGUAUUUACAGAUGAAGCCUCAUUCUACGAUAAGCGCUGUGAUCUUUGGAGCCUCGGGGUGAUCCUGUAUAUUCUGCUUAGUGGCAGUCCACCGUUUACUGGCCGCUGUGGAACUAACUGUGGCUGGGAACAAGGGGAAACCUGCCGUGCCUGCCAGAGCAACCUGUUUGAGCGAAUCCAGGAGGGUAAAUACGAGUUUGGGGAUCGGGACUGGUCACACAUCUCAGAUGGCGCCAAAGACUUGAUCUCCCGGCUGUUGGUGCGAGACGCCACGCUGAGGCUAAGUGCAGCUCAGGUCUUACAACACCCAUGGGUUCAGGGGAAUGCUCCUGAAAGAGGUCUUCCAACGCCACAUGUCUUACAAAGGAAGUGCAGCACUAAGGACCUGACUCAGUUUGCGGCGGAGGCUAUAGCCUUUAACAGGCAGCUGUCGCAGCAGGAUGAAGAGCAGGAGGAUAACAGCACCAUCAUGUGCUCCAUGAGACUCUCGCCCCCCUCCAACUCCAGACUGGCGAGACGCAGAGCACAGGCUCACGCCCUCCGCAGCACCAGCCAAUACCUAAACGCCGCUCAGGUUCCAGAGUGACCCGACACGCAUAGCAAGUCAGACGUUUUGUGCCUGAGCUGUGUUCAGUAAUGUUUUUCUAAUCACACAGCAGUGGACAUCAUGUUAAGACAUGUAAUGCGUGUAAACACACAUGUACACCGACUGAAGUGUUUUUCGUAAUGCAAAGGGAUUAUGCAGAGCUACAAGAGGUGCAUAUUCUGAAAAAUGCGUCCAUUAGGUGCUCUAAUUCAUGAUGGACCACAUACAUAAUGUUUUUAGCAGAUUUAAAAAUAUGGAGCUGUGAGAGAUUUCUGAAUAUUUAAAUAUUUAUUGUUUAUUAUUAUUUUCAAUUUAAGGGUGCUGAGAAAUAAGGUGGGAUCAUCUACAUUAAGCAUUUACUAUAACGGUUCUCAACUUGCCUGGAUUUUUUUGGGUUUUUUUAAAACCUCUCAACUUUACAUAUUUGAGGAGAUUAUUUUUUCACUUACCAUUUUUUUUUACAUAAAUGUAAUUUAUUUAGUGAUUUUUGAAGUGAAUGGUAUUGUUCAGUAAAGGCACUUGAUAUGCCAUUUUUAAUUUUUAUAGAAAUACUGUUCUGAAGUGAUAGAUGAGCUUAUAUUUGUAUCCAUAUUUAUAUUCAUAUUAUGGUUCUAUCUCCAACCCAGUUUGCACAUUUUAUCAGGCACAGGGCUCAGCAGUGUUGGACCAUGUCAGCAGGUAGUAUGCACUUUGUACUAUAUGGCAAGUGUAUUGUGAAGUGUUACUUUUGUCCUCUAUUUGCAUUCAGUACGUAGUGUAUGUGUGUCACCUCUCUGUCUCUUGCAUCUUUGUAUGUGGUGUUCUGCACAUUUGGUUCUUCCCGUUUUUUAUAUUACAUUAUUUUUAUUUGUUUUUUAUGUGUUGCAAUAGAAACUUUGUUUCUUAAUGAAAGGAACUCUGUCUUUUUAUUCUAGAAAUCAUUCAACUGCAAUUCCACAGCAUGACCACUGCAUUGUCUUUGACGUGGCAGACUUUUUACCAUCAAAACCAU